UCGACCCUGCCCUUCAAUGUUUUCUCUCAUUUUAACGAGCAAACUAACGGAGAUUUUUCGCCGCUGGCUCUCGGCGUGGGUCGGCGAGCGGACAAAGACGAGGGGCGACAAAGCUGCACCGAGUGGAGAUGAUUGUCUUUCCUGUUCGGCGCAGGGCGGGGUGAUGUUUCUGUUCCGGUAUAAAAGCAAAAUGGAUCCCAGACGAGCAGCGGAGCUGUGGUGUGAGCAAGGAGACAACAAUGAAGGCGUAGCGAGGGGAAGGCAGUGAAGACAAUGAGGACUUUAUUUCAACUAUGUUGUCUCCUCCUGGUUUCUGGGCGAGCGUCGGCCGCCGGGAACCAAACCGUGGACGGCAGCCGGUACAUCAUCAUCGGGGACGGCUCGUCCAACGAAUUCGAGUUCCCUGAAAACACCAACGGCGUGAUUGUGGUGUCCAGCUUGUACCGGAGCCCGAGCCCGGAAGCGGGCGGGAAAGAGACCGUGACGGUUCGCUCCUUGGACCCGGAGGUCCUUUCCAUCCUCAACGUGACGGACGGCGGCCACGCGGGACCCACUAAGAGCUACGUCAUCAGCAUCCGCUCCGGGUUCCCCGGCCAGGCCCAGCUCGAAAUCCGGCUCCUCCUGGACCCGGACCGGGACUCCGAGGUGCUGAUCGAGGAGAGAACGGACUACUCCAUCAUCGUGGCGCCCGGUCGCGACGACACCGCCACGCGAGUCGUCCGCUCGGGCGGCUUGGCCCAUUUCUCGGAGAACCCGGUUCUGUUCGCCUUGCUGCCCCUCAUCUUCGUCAACAAGUGUGCCUUCGGCUGCAAGGUGGAGGUGGAGGUUCUGAAGGCACUGCUGAGGAGUCCGCUUCCUCUGCUGCUGGGGGUUCUGGCCCAGUUCCUGGUGAUGCCGCUGUACGCCUACUGCGUGGCCCGCCUGGCCGUCCUGCCCAAAGCGCUGGCCUUGGGGCUGGUCAUCACUUGCUCCGCCCCUGGUGGCGGAGGCGGGUACCUGUACAGCCUCCUGCUGGGGGGCGACGUCACCCUGGCCAUCUCCAUGACACUGGUGUCCACGGUGGUGGCGGCCGGCGCCAUGCCGCUGUCGUCGGCGCUGUACGGCCGUCUGCUGGGCGUGCACGCCGCCCUGCACGUGCCCUUCGUGAAGAUCCUGCUCACCCUCCUCUUCAUCGCCAUCCCCAUCUCGCUGGGCAUGAUGGUGAAGCUGCGCCUGCCCGCCCUGACCCGCGUCCUGCUGGGACUCAUCAGGCCCUUCAGCUUCGUGCUGAUCGUGGGCGGCAUCUUCAUGGCGUACCAGAUGGGGGCGUCCAUCCUGGCCGACGUCAGGCCCCAGAUCGUGGCGGUGGGGGCCACGGUGCCUUUGCUGGGCUUGGCGGUGGGGGCGGUCCUGGCUAAGUUGGCGGGCUUGGCCCCGCCGCAGAGGAAGACGGUGAGCAUCGAGGUCGGCGUCCAGAACAGCCUGCUGGCGCUCGCCGUCAUGCAGCUGUCCUUUCGCCGCGUGGAGGCAGACUUUGCGUCGCAGGCGCCGUUCAUCGUGGCGCUGAGCAGCACCUCGGAGAUGCUCCUCAUGGUGCUGGCCUUUUACACCCGCCGCUGGUUGUGUGGCUCGCACGCCCCCGCCAGCAACACCUGAUUGUAGCUUUUAUUUUGAAAAACGCAACCUGUGGAAAAAAGCUGUUUCACUUUUAUCGACUUUUUGUGGAUCCUCUUUUUCAUACGUUUUCACAAAAAAACCAAAGGCCUUCUACCCCUCACAUCAUUUUGUGAUCUUUUCAGUCAACAGUGGAACCCCCUUAAGUCGACAACACCCGUUUAUGCCAACAACUUUUUUGUUCCGUUUAUAUUGACAAUCUGACUGCGCCGACAACCCAUUUAUGUUGUCAACCCAUUUAUCCUGUUCAUAUUGGCAACCUGUUCAUAUUGAGAACCUGUUCAUGUUGACAACCCAUUUAUGUUGACAGCCCAUUUAUGUCAUAGACCCGUCUCAGAGGUCGACAACCCAUUUAUGUUGUCAACCCAUUUAUCCCGUUCAUAUUGGCAACCUGUUCAUAUUGGGAACCUGUUCAUGUUGACAACCCGUUUAUGUUGACAGCCCAUUUAUGUCAUAGACCCGUCUCAGAGGUCGACAACCCAUUUAUGUUGUCAACCCAUUUUUCCCGUUCAUAUUGGCAACCUGUUUAUAUUGAGAACAGGUUCAUGUUGACAACCCGUGUAUGUUGACAGCCCAUUUAUGUCAUAGACCCGUCUCAAAUGUCAACAACCCGUUUAUGUUGACCACCAUUUUAUGUCAACAACCCAUUUAUGACCACAACCUGUUUAUAUCGUCAACACAUCUAUCCUGUUUGUAUUGGCAACCCGUUUAUGUCAACAACGCCCCGUCUACAGGGAUGACCAGUUCACAUUGGCAACUUGUUUAUGUUGACAAAAUGUCUAUGUUGACAGCGGGUUUAUGUCAUAGACCCGUCUCAAAUGUCAAAAACCCAUUUAAGUCAUUUAACAACCCAUCUAUGACGACAACCUGUGUAUGUCGUCACCACAUCUAUCCUGUCUAUGUUGACAACUCGUGUGUGUUGACAGCCCAUUUAUGUGAUAGACCCGUCUCAAAUGUCAACCCCUUUAUGUUGACCACCAUUUUAUGUCACAACCCAUCUAUGACGACAACCUGUUUAUGUCGUCAACACAUCUAUCCUGUUUAUAUUGGCAACCCGUCUAUGUCAACAACGCCCCGUCUACAGUGAUGACCAGUUCAUAUUGGAAACCUGUUUAUGUUGACAAUAUGUCUAUGGUGACAGCGGGUUUAUGUCAUAGACCCGUCUCAAAUGUCAAAAACCCAUUUAAGUCAUUUAACAACCCAUCUAUGACGACAACCUGUGUAUGUCGUCACCACAUCUAUCCUGUCUAUGUUGACAACUCGUGUGUGUUGACAGCCCAUUUAUGUGAUAGACCCGUCUCAAAUGUCAACAACCCGUUUAUGUUGACCACCAUUUUAUGUCAACAACCCAUCUAUAACGACAACCUGUUUAUGUCAUCAACACAUCUAUCCUGUCAACAACGCCCUGUCUACAGUGACAACCAGUUAAUAUUGGCAACCUGUUUAUGUUGACAACCCAUCGAUGUUGACAAGCCGUUUAUUUUGACAGAUCUUUUAUAUCGACAACCCAUUUAUGUUGACCACCCGUUUAUGUCAGUGACAACCUGUUUAUGUUGACAGCCCAUUUAUGUCAUAGAUGCGUCUCAAAUGUCAACAACCCAUUUAUGUUGUCAACCCAUUCCGUUCAUAACGGCAACCUGUUUAUAUUGAGAACCUGUUCAUGUUGACAAUUUGCCUAUGUUGACAACCCGUUUAUGUUGACAGCCUCAGAGGUCGACAGCCCAUUUAUGUUGACCACCAUUUUAUGUCAACAACCUGUUUAUGGUAUUAACACAUCUAUCCUGUUUAUAUUGAGAUCCCGUUUAUGUCAACAACGCCCUGUCUACAGUGACAACCAGUUCAUUUUGGCAACCUGUCUAUGUUGACAGCCGGUUUAUGUCAUAGACCCGUCUCAAAUGACGACAACUCAUUUAUGUUGACCACCAUUUUAUGUCAACAACCCAUCUAUGACGGCAACCUGUUUAUGUCGUCACCUCAUCUAUCUGUCUAUAUUGAUAACCCGUUUAAGUUGACAGCCCAUUUACGUCAUAGACCUGUCUCAAAUGUCAACAAUCCAUUUAUGUUGACCACCAUUUUAUGUCAACAACCCAUUUAUGACAACAACCUGUUUGUCGUCAACACAUCAUUCUUGUUUGUCAACAACGCCUUGUCUACAGUGACAACCAGUUCAUAUUGGCAACCUGUUUAUGUUGACAAACCAUCGAUGUUGACAAGCCGUUUAUUUUGACAGAUCUUUUAUAUUGACAAGCCAUUUAUGUUGACAGCCCAUUUAUGUCAUAGACCCGUCUCAAAUGUCAACAACCCAUUUAUUCCGUUCAUAUUGGCAACCUGUUUAUAUUGAGAACCUGUUCAUGUUGACAAUCUGUCUAUGUUGACAAGCCAUUUAUGUCAACAACCCAUUUAUGUUGACCACCAUUUUAUGUCAACAACCCAUCUAUGACAAAAACCUGUUUAUGUUGUCAACACAUCUAUCCUGUUUAUAUCGGCAACCCAUUUAUGUCAACAACACCCCAUCUACAGUGACAACCUGUUCAUAUUGGCAACCUAUUUAUGUUGACAACCCAACGAUAUUGACGAGCCGUUUAUUUUGACAGAUCUUUUAUAUCGACAACCCAUUUAUGUUGACCACCGGUUUAUGUCAGUGACAACCUGUUUAUGGUGACACCCUUUUCAAAUUGAGAACCUGUCUAUGUGGGCCAACUCAAAUCUGUGUGUUGACAUUACGAGAAAGUGCCAGCUCAAGUCGACAUCGACCGCUUUUGUUGAAUUUGAGAACCAAAGCAGUAAUUUAUAUGAAAAAUCCUUUCUUAUCUUCCAUUCUGUCCAUGAUGUCUCCUGACAGUCACAAGUAAAAUGCAUAGUUUCAGUUAUAUGGCACCAAACGCUUAUGUUGAUGCAAAUCAGUCAGUUUAAGGGACGUCGACUUAAACAGGUUCCACUGUAUUGGAUUUAAAAAAAAAAAAAAGAUCCACUGUGAGCUUAGUGAAGAUUCUCAAGAAGAGAAAACAUUUAUGAAAAAAAAGUCUAUUUUUCUAUUAAAUGACAUUUUGUAAAGAAAAACAAAGAUUAUAUUGUUUCAUGUUUACAAGCUUCAACGUGUCUUAAAGUGACAACAACAACGUUUCAAAUGAAAAUGUUUGCUACUGAUUGUGUUUCAUGGAAAUGUAUCCGCUUACUUGAAUACUUCAAAGGAGAAAGGAAGAGAAAAAAAAUAAUUAAAAAAUUUUUUUGCAAAGCACGACAUGUGUUUGUGAGUGUGUGCGUGAAGUGGUUGUUUGCACUCAAAGGUUGAAAAAAAGUAUUCAUACCUUUUGAACUUAAACACAUUUUGUAACGACCACAAAGGAAAACAUUUUACUGGCAUUUGAUGUCGAAGAACAACAAUUGUAAAGGUGUUCCUUUUUGAUAAUAAAA